CGAAACAUAUGAAUAUAAUAGUUAGAUCGGUGUGGUUAUCUAAUAUCUUAUUCCAAACCAUGUUCUAUCUCUAACCAUCAUUUUCUGUAAAGAUUUGGCAGAAUUGAAGGGCAGUUAAAACGAAUGAACAGUUGGCUGACGCCUACAAUACUUUCCUUUCGGUUGGUUAUUCCUUCCCGCCAAUACAGACCCGAUUAGGAAUAUGGGAAGAAGGCGACUGUUGCUGCUGUUAAAGCCCUUGGAUGUGUACUCGUUACAUCAAUCAACCGGCGUCCCUCGUCGCAAUACAAACCCUAAGGUAUUACAAUUCAUUGAUAGCAGAUGCAGAGUUCAUAAAGCUGCCAUAGAAUUCUGUCAAGAUAUCUUAAGAAGAAAAUCCAUUGAAUGGGAUGCUGUUUUUCGUAGUCAUCUCUCUCAACCAAUUCAUAAUGUGGAUCUUGUUGUUACCAUUGGUGGAGAUGGAACCCUUCUGCGUGCAAGUCAUUUCUUGAAUGAUUCAAUUCCAUUACUUGGAUUAAACUCUGACCCCACUCAACCACAAGAGGUGGAAGAACUCGGUGAUGAGUUUGAUGCAACAAGAAGCACUGGUUUUCUUUGUGCAGCAACUAUCAAAAACUUUGAACAGAUGCUAAAUAACAUUUUGGAGAAUGGAAUGACUCCUACUGAGCUUUCAAGAAUGGCUAUUAAAGUGAACUCAGAGCUACUUCCACUAUAUGCUCUUAAUGAUUUUUUGAUAUCAGAUCCAAAUCCUGCAGCUGUUUCUAGGUUCUCAUUCAGAAUUAUAAAACAGGAAUCAAGUCAACCUCUGGUCAACUGUCGAUCUAGUGGUCUCAGAGUCUCAACUGCUGCUGGAUCAACGGCUGCAAUGCUAUCAGCUGGUGGAUACUUAAUGCCUGUUUCAUCUAAAGAUCUUCAAUACAUGGUAAGAGAACCGAUUUUAGUGACACAAGAGCAUUUGAGAUUAAUGCAUGGAUUAGUGAAACCUAAAGAAUCAAUGGAUAUUGAUUGGCAAACAAAUGAAGGGUUAAUCUACAUUGAUGGUGCUCAUAUUGUUCAUAAUGUUCAACAUGGUGAUUCCAUUCAAAUAUCUUCAUGUGCUCCAAGUUUGAAAAUCUUUUUGCCUCACCAUUUGUUAGGAACAAGUAAGAUGUGAGUGGAUGAUUGGAUUUUUGUAGCUAAUUCAAUUGAGUUUUGGUAUAUGAUAUAAAAAUGAUUAUUUUAUUCGGUUC